AUAUAUAUAUAUUUAAAAUCUAAGGACACUUCAUUGGUCAAUCUCGAGCUAUCACUCCCCGCAUCAGUUCAAGAAGUUCCUCGUUGGGACCUUCUGGUUUCAAACUAAUUAUACCAUCAACUUUCUCGAAGCAGCUCUAAAGAUUACUCCUUUUGUCUCCAUAGAUCAAAAUUGCCGUUGACUCUCCUGAAGUUCUGAUUUUGUCAGCUGAUGAAUGUUUUUUGGCUACUUGGCUUAUAACCCUAACUGGUUUUCAGCUUUCCCUGUCCCCACUUGAGGAUUAGCUUCCAAUCACUCGAUCCAAUGUCGAAUCUGGAGAACAGAAAGCUCACGGAUGACUAUGAAGUAAUUGAUGUUCUUGGUAGAGGUGGCUUUUCCGUUGUAAGAAGAGGGGUAGACAAAGCUAAUGGAAGUAUGAGGCAUGUUGCCAUAAAGACACUCAAAAGGUUGGGAUUCACACCUCAAGGAAUGAAUCGAGGUCACGCAGGACUGAAACCUCCAACAUUGAAGCAGGUAUCCAUUUCUGAUGCUCUGCUGACUAAUGAGAUUCUGGUCAUGAGAAGGAUUGUGGAAGAUGUUUCACCUCAUCCUAAUGUCAUCCACCUCUACGAUGUUUACGAAGACAUGCAUGGAGUUCAUCUUGUACUGGAGCUUUGUUCUGGCGGAGAGCUGUUUGACAGAAUAAUUGCUCAUUCGCGUUAUUCAGAAGUAGAGGCAGCCGAAGUGGUCCGUCAGAUAGCUUCUGGUUUAGGGGCUCUUCACAGAGCCAAUAUAGUUCACCGAGAUUUGAAGCCAGAGAACUGUCUCUUCUUAAACAGCAGUGAGCGUUCUCCUCUCAAGAUAAUGGACUUUGGUUUGAGUUCUGUGGAGGAUUUUACUGAUCCAAUAGUCGCGCUUUUUGGGUCGAUAGAUUAUGUUUCUCCUGAAGCUUUGUCUAAACGGGAAGUGUCUUCAGCUAGUGAUAUGUGGUCGCUGGGCGUGAUCUUGUAUAUUCUACUUUCUGGGUGCCCCCCUUUUCAUGCUAAUUCUAAUAAAGAUAAACAACAGAGGAUAUUAGCGGGUGACUUCAGCUUUGAAGAGAACACUUGGAAAACCAUAACUUCUUCAGCAAAGGAUUUGAUUUCCAGUCUAUUAGCUGUUGAACCUUAUCGCAGACCAACCGCCGAAGAGCUUUUGAAGCAUCCUUGGGUUAUUGGAGAUUGUGCAAAGCAAGAGCUUAUUGAUGCUGAGGUUGUCUCUAGGCUGCAAAGCUUCAAUGCUAGAAGAAAAUUCCGUGCAGCUGCAAUAGCUAGUGUGUGGAGCAGCAAAGUUUUCUUAAGAACAAAAAAAUUGAGGAGUCUUCUUGGGUGCCAUGAUCUCACCCCCGAUGAGCUUGAGAAUCUUCGCAUGCACUUCAAGCGGAUAUGUUCAAAUGGAGACAAUGCCACCCUAGAGGAAUUUGAGCAAGUUCUCAAAGCAAUAAACAUGGAAUCACUCAUCCCUCUCGCUGCUCGUGUAUUUGACAUAUUCGAUAACAACCGUGAUGGAACUGUUGACAUGAGAGAGAUCCUCUGUGGGUUGUCGAGUCUCAGAAACUCUAGAGGUGAUCAUGCACUCAGGCUUUGCUUUCAGAUGUAUGACGCCGAUCGAUCCGGCUGUAUCAGCAGAGAGGAAUUGGCAUCAAUGCUCAGAGCCUUACCUGAAGAUUGCCUUCCGGCAGACAUUACCGAGCCCGGGAAGCUAGAUGAGAUAUUUGAUCAGAUGGAUGCCAAUAGCGACGGGAAGGUCUCCUUUGAGGAAUUCAAAGCAGCCAUGCAACGAGAUAGCUCCCUGCAAGAUGUGGUUCUCUCCUCGCUGCGCCCUAACUAGUCAUCUUCUUCCUUCGAUGCUUUUAUUUUCCCAGUUUUUAGCUACUAAUAUAGUUAAUUUACGUUACAGUUUCACGUCAAUUUUUCUCGCAAUGUGAUUAAGAUGGCAAGCUCUUAAAUUAGAGCCGAACUUUAGUUAUUAAAUAGAACUGGGUUUGUUUGAAUUUGCUCAUAGAA